AAGAAAUAAAUAUAAAUAAAGAUGGCGGAACUGAAAUUGUUGAGUGCGGACCUCUCCGUUGUACUUGCGUGUUUAUAGAGCUUUAUUCAAAGUUGGUGAUCUAUAAAGUAUUUCAAAACCCUAAUCAACUUAUUCUGCUGCAGUCAGCUUGAAUUGUGAGUAAAUUUGGAUCUAUAAUAAUAAUAAUGGAUGUAAAUUUAUCAGAAAUAAAAGAUGGCGACCCGACGCGACCUGUGCUGGAAGCGCCAUCUGUGCUUGAAACGCAGAAUCCAAUCCUAGAGGGCAGUGUUAAAAAGAAGAGGAGGCGCGGGAAAACUAAACGUAAAAUCAUGAAACCGUUUUUGAAGAUACCUUGGCAAGAAAGAAGAAAAUACGAGAAAUCUAAAAGGAACAACAGGUUUCGUAAAAUGGUUUUAACGAAGUCGCGUGCACCUUUCAACAAUAAUCAGUUCUUAAUGGAAAUUCAUAAACCAGAGCCUGAAAAUACUUUCAUCAUGCGAACACCUUCCGCACGUACUCGUGAUUCGAGUUUCAGCAUUGAUUCUGAAGACAAUUAUUUUUUCUCUCUUCCGGAAGAUGAAGAGGAAUACUUGACUAAAGAAUUUUCUAGCGUUUAUGAGGAUGCGCAAUGCGAACGUUUAUCAAAUAUGUCGAAGAAUGAACUCAUUCAAGAAUAUCUAUUACUUGAGGCAAAAUAUGACAAUCUUGUCAAACGAACUGAACGUUCUAAGCCGAAAUAUUUUAGUGACAAGGAUUGUUCUGGAUCUGAAAAGGAUGCCUCUCUUACAGAUAAAGAUAGCAUGAUAACGGAAAGGGAUACAUCGGGUACCUCUAUUGAAUCCAAUACAGUUUAUGAGCCAGCUGUAAAUGAAAUUAUGCAACGGUUGAAAGAACAAGAAGAUCAAAUACGUGAUCUGAAAUUGGCCAAUGAAAAGUUACAACAUGAAAAUGAGCAUUUACGACAAACAUCACAUGGGUCAACAAGUGAAGACUCGGAAAGUGAUAGCUCUUCUAGCUCAGGCAGUUGUAGUAGUAGCUCUAGUCGAAGUCAGAGUCCCAUUAACGAUUUGGAGAUAGCAGAGACUGUAAACAAUGGCAAUGAAAUUCACACUAAUGGUGAUCAAAAUGAUGUGGCUGAUGACAUAGAGCCCACUUAUCCUCUUGUUAAUGGUUUUCAUAGUCCAAAAGAGUAAACAUUACCUACAGGUUCAUGAAAUGAGCCUCUGAAAUGUGAUUAUGAAAGUUUUUUUUAUACUUACUUAUGUAAAUUA